GAAAUUAUAUCAUUCAGAAGCCGUAUCAUGGCGACAGUGCAUAGCGGAUGGCUUAGUCCGUGGUCAAAUAAGACUAAGAGGCGAUUUUACUUUAGAAAACACUGUAGCUCAAAUGAACAGCAUUCUUUGCCAAGAAAUUAAAGAAGUAAAUCAACAAAUAUCAAUUAUAGAAGCAGAGUGUGCAAUCCUACGAGAGCUGUUGAAGCCUUGGCCUAAACGAAAAUCUGAUCAAGCCAAGCAAAUGAAAGAAGAUACAGUUACCACUAAAGAAAAACAUUUGGACGAAGAAGAUUUUGGACCUGAAGAAAAGCAAACCCUAAAGCAAGUUGAAGAACUUUUAAGCAAAGCACAGAAAACACUUCAAUCAAAGCUAACGAUAACUGAAGUAUUAGAUGAAGAAAAGAACAAUGAAUCAGCUAUUGAGACAUCAAUUGCUAACUCUAGUGAAAGUUUAUCAGGUGAUAACCAACAGCCACCAAGAAAAGAUCUUAAACCGAAAGAAUUACAAAGUAAAGAGAGAACACCUCAAAACCUGAAUAAGAGCAGUCAAGUUGUUAUGAAACCUAAACUGCCUGGAAUUACAACCACUAAAUCUGAUGCAUUUAAUUCAUCUAAAUUAAAACAAAAUAGUACUUUAGCAGAUAAAAAAACUAGUCGACCUAGCAGUAAUACCAGGCCUUCUAGUACUAGACUGCCAAGUUCUAGGAGCAGUUAUGUCCCAGUACAUUUGUUGGCCCCCUUUAAAACUGAACAAGCCAAACUGCCAAGAAGCAAAAGCACUUUAGCCACUAGUAAGAGGAAAACACCAGCAUCAAAACAAGACUCAGGGUUUUAUACUGUUCCUGCAAGUCAGCCAUUAGAUCAGUGCCAGAAAAAUGGAGCUAAAGAAGUAAAAAGAUCCAGCAAUAAAGCCCAAGUUUUGCAUAGUCCCAUUAACAAGAAUAAUAAUUGUACACCCUCAUCUGCAGCUCCUGAUAAUGAAAUAGUUGGUGACCAAAUAGGCUUUUUGGAAACUGGUGAAGACAUUCCUGAAACAAGGUCUUUACCUGAGCAAGAAUUCACUCUCUCAAGUGGCUGCUUAAAGAUUCCUGGAAAAUUGAAAAAACUUGCAUUAAAAACCCAGGCUCUCAGGGACCAAUGCUAUGCAGCUAAAACUAAACAUAAAGGUUGUUUAGACCCAGCACAACAGUUCAUAGACAAACUUGAAGCACAGACUCAGAUUGGAAAAGAGUUACGCACACAAGCUUCUGCACUGACAUGUUUAAGAUCUCAUCAAAUUUUGAGUGAAACUUUAGAGAACCUUCACCUGGAUAAAAUUUCAGAGAAUUCCUCAUUUGAAAGCAUUUACAGAGCAAAAAGAAUUUUGGAAUUUGUACUUAACAAAUUUUCUGAAUUACAAGAUGAAGCAGAAAUGUUUUCGAAAGUUCAGUUUGCAAGUCCACAAGAUGUAAACACAACAGAAAGUAGCCAAGAUCAUUGCUGGAUGGACACAGGACAGCAUCACCAUUGUGAAAAAAAAGACAAAUACUUGCAAUACCAUUUAAAAAGGUCAAAGGAGUGGACACGCCUAAAGUUUGAAGAGAACUACUUAAGACUACAGAUUAGAUUGACUGAACAAUUUAAUUCUGAGUGGCAUAGCAUACUGACUUCUAAUAAAUGGGAGCCUAGUGUGGUGCAGGGUGCUUACAGUCUUCUGACGUCAUUUGGACAAAAUUUACCAGCUCUAGUAAAAAAUCUGGAUUGAUCCACUUGAAAAAUAAAAAUGUAC